AUACGGAGUAAUUAAUAACGCGUUAAACGCAUCUCUUUCUGUCUUGUGGACGGCGAAACUUUUUUGCUGAGAAACCCUAGUUAGAAUAGAGCAUGGCUGGUAUGUAUGGAUACGAAGGCGAUGGCUCGGCUCCGCCUCCUAGGGACGGAGGAGGGUAUGGCGGUGGAGGAUACGGAUCUUCUGGCCGCGGAGAAUAUGCUGGCUCUGGAGGUGGAGGUUACGGAUCUGGCAGUGGCGGGGAAUAUGGCAGUUCUGGUGGUGGAGGAUACGGAUCUGGUGGUGGUGGUGGGGGAGGCGGUUACGGAGGAAGCCGUGGUGGUGGCGGUGGUUACGGAGGAAACAGCGGCGGAGGUGGUUACGGAGGAAGCGCUGACGGGGGCGGUUAUGGAGGAAGCGGUGGCGGUAGGAGCGGUGGCAGAGGAGGUGGAGGAUAUGGUGGCGGCGGUGGACAUCAAGGAGGUGAUCGUGGUGAUCGUGGUGGUCGCGGUGGAGGCGGUGGAGGCGGUAGGGGAGGUGGUCGCGGUGGUGGAAGCGGCAGGGAAGGGGAUUGGCGUUGCCCUAACCCAAGUUGUGGGAAUUUGAACUUUGCUAGAAGAGUUGAAUGUAACAAAUGUGGUGAGCCUUCUCCUGCUGGUACUGAUGAUCGUGGUGGCAGAGGUGGUAACAGUUAUAACAGAGGUGGAGGUGGUGGUGGUGGUGGUGGCUCAUAUGGAAAUAAUCGAGGUGGGAGAGGUGGGAGUUUUGAUAGUGGAAGUGGUGGAGGUGGUAGAAGCAGUUCUUAUGGUGGUAACCAGGGAAGAGAUGGCAGUGGUUAUGGCCAAGGACCUCCUGUACCUUCAGCUUAUGGGGGUCCUGAUAACAAUUACCCUCCACCACCUAGUAGUUAUGGUGGGAACAAUAAUUAUCCACCUGAUGCAGUUCCUCCUCCUGCAAGUUAUGGUGGUGGAGGGGCUUCAUAUCCUCCAUCUUAUGGUGCACCUGCUGGUUAUGGUGGCAAUGCUCCAUCUGAUGCCCGGGGAGGAGGGAGGGCUGGCCCACCUGCCAGGUUUGAUGGGGGGUAUAGUGGUGGUGCUUAUGGUAGUUCUGAUGAAGCUCCAUUAAAGGUCAAGCAAUGUGAUGAAAAUUGUGGGGAUUCCUGUGACAACUCAAGAAUCUAUAUCUCAAAUUUGCCUCCUGAUGUGACCGUUGAUGAACUUAGAGAACUUUUUGGAAGCAUCGGACAAGUUGCAAGAAUUAAGCAAAAGCGUGGCUACAAGGACCAGUGGCCCUGGAGUAUAAAAAUAUAUACAGAUGAGCAAGGAAAUAACAAAGGUGAUGCGGUGCUGUCUUAUGAAGAUCCUUCUGCGGCCCACUCUGCUGGUGGCUUCUUCAAUAAUCACAUGUUGAGAGGUAACAAAAUCAGUGUUGUGAUGGCUGAGAAGUCUGCCCCAAAAGCUGCUCCUGCAUAUGGUUCCAGGGGUGGUGGCAGAGGUGGUUACGGUGGUGGUGGUGAUAGACGGAGAGACAACUACAGAGAUGGAGGCUCUGGUCCAGAUAGGAACUACCACGGUGGAAACCGAUCACGACCAUAUUGAGUUUCAGCCAAGAAUCUUAUGUACUAAAUUUGUGAUGGGAGGGUUUUUCUUUAAUUCAAUUCCCAGAUAUAUUCUCUUAAUUGGUGACUAAGAGGUAGGUUGUCCUCAUAACUCUGAGCAAUACCCUUCUUUUGGUAAUUGCUACAUGGUGGGAGCGUUUUCCAGUUGGAAGUUUGAUUAAUAUGAACUAUGUGAAUGUUUUUGAUAGACGGCGAAUGGAUAUUCCUCAAAUUGCUGCUAAGCUAAGGUAGGUUGAAAUAUUCAGGUGAGUGUUGCUUCUUUGAA